AAAGUCAAUUUUUCUUUCAUUAAAGACCUUGUACAAAUGGAUUUCAUGCAAAGGGGUUUGGAUUCACAAACUAAAAAACUACUAGAAGAGGAAGAAAAGAAGAUAAUUAGUGAAGAACACUGGUAUCUUGAUUUACCAGAUCUAAAGGAGAAAGAGAGCUUUAUAAUAGAAGAGAGGAGCUUUAUGCCAUGUGAGGAUCUACUUUAUGGCAGGAUGUCCUUCAAAGGAUUCAAUCCAGAAAUUGAGAAGUUAAUGAUCCAAAUGAACUCUAGGUGCAAGGAAGAAGAAGUUGAAGUGGAUGAUAAAAUGGAGGCUGAUGUGUCAGAUGAAGAAAUGGCCAGAAGAUACGAAACAUUAGUGGGAACAAUAGGAAAGAAAUUCUUGAGAAAAAGAGACCAGCGUGUACUCCAGGAUGAAGACGAAGAUGGGAAUAGUAACACAAGACCUAGCAAAAAAGCUAAGAAAAAGUUCUUAAAACCUCAGGAUUAA